CGCUCAUGGUGAUAGGUUGGGUGCCUGACGCCAACUAACCAACCCCAGCCUUUCUGAUUUUCCUACCAAAGCAACCAUUUCGGCACCCGGUCAACUGCUCUCAAUUCAGGGUCCCGGCGUGCACCACCACACCACCGGCGAAUGCUACGCCUCGCGGGGCCGUGGAGCGCCACGAUGAAAAUAGAGUUCCUCUCCACACGAGCUACUCCGUGCGUGGCCGGGGGGGCACACCGGCCUCCGGCACCCUACGGAGCUGCUCACCUCCAAGGGGGCGAAGAAGCGAGGGAUCCUGAAGAACACUGCUGGAAGGAAUCCUAUUAUGGCUUAUGGCUCACUGUUCACCAUGCCGAAUUCCGUGAUCAGGUCCUCCAGUCUUUCACCAUCUCGUUCACAUAUCAACCUCCCUUUCCCACUCCCAGUUUCAGUGAUCUCUCUCCAUCUUCCCAUCUUCCCAUCUUCCCAUCUCACCAUCUCAUCAUCUCAUCAUCUUUCCAUCUCUUCAACACACGCCAGCUUGCCAGCCAGCUUGUUUGUUGUAUUUGCUCAAUCUUCAUUGCCAACUCCGAAAGACAGUUUCUUAUCAUCUUUUUGCUUUGCUCAUUCCAGCCCAGCCAGCCCAAUAGAGGAAAACGAGUGAUUCUUACCGAUAGACUAGCGACUCUUUUGUUGUUUCAACCUCCUUACGCAUAUAGACGGACGCUCGAUAAUCUUCUGUUCCAACAUCACAUCAUUGGCCCUUCUCACCACGACCUAUAGACUUCUUCCUCUUCUCUCCGGUCUCGAUAUUUAUCGCGGACCUCCCACCCACCGAUCACCAAUCAUCCUACCUUCGACAGGCAAACAUUACAGUUUAGACACAACCGCUUUCCUCCCCGCCUCA